GUUGCCCCGCCCACUCCAGUUUGACACGCGUGUUGCCUGUGUUUGUAACAAGCAUGGCUUCUUCUGCUAAGAGGAGAGCGGUGGGUUUGGGUGAAAAUCCGGCGGAAAGCGACAACAGCUCCGAUGACAAUCCAGAGAGGGAUGAUGAUGACUCCGGGGAGGAAGAUAGCGAAGCUUCAGAUGAGGAGAUCAACGAGGAGAUCAUGGUUGACUUUGAAGCCCACACUAUUUCAGUGAACGACUUCAAUGGUGUCAAGAAACUCUUGCAACAGCUGUUCCUGAAGGCUCAUGUAAACACAGCAGAGAUGACAGACCUCAUCAUUCAACAGAAUCAUCUUGGAAGUGUCAUCAAGCAAGCUGAGGUGCCAGAAGACAGCGAUGACGACGACCCAGAUGAAGUGUUUGGCUUCAUCACUAUGCUCAACCUCACAGAGAGAAAGGGUGUGCAAUGUGUGGAGGAGGUGAAGGACCUGAUCGUGGAUCAGUGCGAGAAGAACGCUGCCCCCAGCGUGACGGAGCAGCUGGAGCAGUUCCUCAGUGACACCAGCAAGCCUGUGGGGCUACUGGUGAGCGAGCGCUUCAUCAACGUGCCCCCACAGAUCGCCCUCCCGCUGCACAAACAGCUCCAGGACGAAAUAGCUGAAGCUCAGAGGACGAAUAAGCCCAGCGGGAAGUGUCACUAUUGUCUGAUGAUCAGCAAGACCUGCAAAGAGGCGAGCAAGAAUAUUCCUGCCAGAGGAGGAGCUCCCAAAGACGAGUACAUGUUUGUCAAUGCAGAGGAGGAAUUCUUCUAUGAGCAAGCCAUCUUGAAGUUCAACUACUCGGUCCAGGAAGAGACCGACUCGUGUUUGAGCGGCAGGUGGUCGUUCGACGACGUACCCAUGAAACCCUCCAGGACAGUGAUGCUGAUACCAACGGACCGAAUGCCUGCUAUUAUGGUCAAACUCAAGGAGUACCUAACUGUGUGAAUCCCACAAUAAACUAAGAUACCUAUGUAUACUGAAGACCUUCAGGCUCAUGGGAAAUACUUUGAUAUACUCUUAAGAAAAAUGUUUUGGUACUGUCAGCUCCAGUAGUGUCACUAUUAUAAACCUGAUAUUUAGCACAUGUUGCGCAGUGACAGUUUAUUUUUUGUAAUUUUAGAGAUGCUGUUUUUACAAAUACCAGGUUCACUUAAAUAUACAACGGUUAUAUCAUGCAAAUAUGAACAGAAAUACAGAACUAAGUCAUGUUUAUGUAAAGACUUUUCUUUAUAACAAGAUUAUGAACCAAGACAAUUAAAUAUAAAUCUUGUAUUUGUGACAACAGCUAAUGUAUGUGAGCAUAGAGCUCAGUAUUACGUCAAAUUACUGAAUGAUAAAGCUUUACAAAUUUACCAAAUUGAUAGCAAAGCUGAUUUUCACAAAUUCGAUCUGGAUUGUUGACAUGAAAUGGAACAUACUUGACAUAUUUUAUUUGUGAAAACUUGUGGAAGUUUGUGCCAAUGCAUCAUUCUACCGAGGAUUUUCUAAGUCAGUAUUUCUGUAAAUCUCUUGCCACCGAUUAGUAAUAAAUGCUUUAUAUAUCUGAA